AUGGGAAGAACCGAUCCCUUUCUCUGUACAAGAGCAACCAGCCAUAUCCUUGUGGAGCGCAGCACCAUCACCAGUUCAGUUCACCAACAUAUCCAUCACCCCGAGGAGUUGCUGGGGCUGAAGGAACACAUGGAGCCCCCGCCGCAAUCCCCAUCCGUCUACCUCGACAUUCCUCCGUCGCCCUAUGGCGGCACUGUCGGGGACCUGGUGCUCCCAUACAUCACUCGCAUUCUGAUGGAGGAGGACAUCGACGACAGGUUCUUCUACCAGUACCCAGACCAUCUUGCCUUCCUCCAGGCGCAGCAGCAAUUUACCCAAAUUCUUGAUGAUGCCAAGAACUUACUGUCCGGUGAAGGCGGCGACAUGGAGAAGAUGCAUUCCGAUGAGUCUUUGCAGGGUAUUCGUGGAGGCAGCAUGUGCUUGGCUGACAAGGACGUCCCGAGUUGGACGUUCUCGGAUGGUGCUGAGGUGGACAAUAAUGGUGAUCAGAGCAAACUCAACCCCUCCAAUAGAGACAUGCUUAACUUUGCAUUCUUGAAAGGCAUGGAGGAGGCCAACAAGUUCUUGCCUAGAGACAACCAACCGCAGGCUGAUGUCUUCAGCAUCAACCAAGCAAAAGAGAUUUUUGGGGGACGGAAGGCUCGGCGUGAUGCGGACAAGCCGGAGGAAGUGGUGGGCAGGGCCAGCAAACUGCUGAUGCCGGAGCUGGAAGAGGAUGGCGCCCGCGAGAUGAUCAACAAAAUAAUGCUGAAUAGUUACGAACUAUGCGGGGAGACCAUGGAGGAGCUGCAAAUCACCAUGGAGAACAUCAGAGCUGAUAGAAAAAAUAAGAAGGCGGUGCGGGGAAAGCAGGGAAAGAAAGAGGCGGUGGACCUGCGCGGGCUGCUGCUAUGCUGCGCACAGGAGGUGGCCACCGGCAACCGUCAUGGUGCGGGCAAUCUGCUGAAACAGAUCAGGCAGCAUGCUUCCGCAACAGGAGAUGCCGCUCAGCGGCUGGCGCAUUGUUUCGCCAAGGGGCUUGAGGCCCGGCUGGCGGGCACUGGGAGCCAGGUGUACAAGUCACUCAUGGCGAAGCACACCUCGACCAUGGAGUUCCUCAAAGGUUAUGAGCUGUUCAUGGCAGCCUGCUCCUUCAAAAGGGUGGCGUUCACAUUCUCCAGCAUGACCAUCUUCGAUGCCGUGGAAGGGAAGAGCAAGUUGCACAUUGUGGAUUAUGGCUUGCAUUAUGGGUGCCAGUGGCCGGGCCUGCUGGCUUGGCUGGCGACUAGGGACGGCGGGCCACUGGAAGUGAGGAUCACCGGGAUUGACCUCCCGCAGCCUGGGUUCCGCCCAGCUAAGAGGCUUGAGGAGACAGGGCGGGCACUCAGCAACUGUGCCCGUCAGUUUGGCUUGCCGUUCAAGUUCCGUGGCAUCGCGGCUAAGUGGGAGACUAUCCGUGCCGAGGACCUCAACAUCGACCCUGACGAGGUGCUUGUGGUGAAUGACUUGUUCAAUUUCAACACCUUGAUGGACGAGAGCCUUGUUAUCGACAGACCCAGCCCCAGGGAUGUGGUCCUCAGCAACAUCCGGGAGAUGCAGCCAGUUGUGUUCAUCCAAGGUGUUGUGAACGGUUCGAGCGGCCCAUUUUUCUUGGCGCGGUUCCGGGAGGCGCUCUUCUUUUACUCAUCGGUGUUCGACAUGCUUGAUGCCACCACACCACCAGAUAGCUACCAGCGCUUCGUUCUCGAGCGGGACAUGUUCGGGCAGUGUGCUCUGAAUACUAUCGCCUGCGAGAGUGCAGACCGGGUAGAGCGUCCUGAGACAUACAAACAGUGGCAGCUGAGAAACCAACGUGCAGGCCUCAGACAGCUGCCACUGAAGCCGAUUAUCACUAAGGUGGCAACAGGCAAGGUCAAGAGCCUGUACCACAAGGAGUUUGUUGUGGAUGUGGAUCAGGGGUGGUUGCUGCAGGGGUGGAAGGGCCGCAUCCUAUAUGCUCACUCGGCGUGGGUGGCAGACGACACUAGCUCGGAGUAUUAG